GUCAUAAAGGCGUAGUAACCAAGCAAGCAAAGUCAACAACAACAACAACUCAAAAAAUCAGCGCAAAGAGACAGCAAUGGGAUCAUUUCUCUCUUCCUUAGUCGGCGGCGACUCCGCCACCGCCUCACAGUCAUCAGAAUCAUCGGAGAACUCUUCCGUCAAGACUUUCCACUCAUCUGCUCGCUGGCAACUUCACUUCAACGAACUCAAAGAUUCUCCUCGUCUUGUGGUGAUUGAUUUCUCUGCUACAUGGUGUGGACCUUGUAAAAUGAUGGAACCGAUUCUUCAAGCUAUGGCUAAUGAAUUCACUGAUGUUGAAUUCAUCAAAAUUGAUGUUGAUGAAUUAUCGGAUGUGGCGCAGGAGUUUAAGGUGCAGGCUAUGCCAACGUUUCUGUUGUUGAAGAAUGGGAAAGAGGUUGACAAGGUUGUUGGAGCAAAGAAGGAUGAACUUAAAAACAAGGUUCAAAAGCACAAAGCUUAGUUAUAUUGAUCUAUCUUUUAUUUUAUUUUUCAAUGAUAAAGAAAAACUGGGUAUAAUCUUAUCAUGAUGAUGAUGGUGAUUAUAAAGUUGUAAAAUUUGAACUUGCUGGGUUGAUUCACCAAUAUGAUGUUGUUCAUUUGAUAAUUUAGCAAAAUUGAUGUAUUGAGUAAAAAACAGAAACAAAAUUGAUGUAUUUUGCAUGUUUAAUCAUAUGAUGGUACUGUGAAUGUGAUGUGGAAUUGUCAA